AUGAUGAUGAUGAACUCUACUCAGGUUUCAUAUUUUGCUCUCGUUGCGUACUUUGACACCGGGCUGUUUAAAUAUCUCUACUUCCUUCUCAUCAUGUCUUUAUAUGUUUUCAUAGUUAGUGCCAAUGUGUUGCUCAUCGUGGUUAUCUGUAGUAACAGAAGCUUACAUGAACCUAUGUACCUUUUCCUGUGCAGCCUGUUUGUAAAUGAACUGUAUGGUAGUACAGGGUUGUUUCCAUUCCUUCUGGUUCAGAUCCUCUCUGACAUUCACACUGUUGCUGCUCCGCUCUGCUUCCUGCAGAUCUUCUGCGUUUAUACGUACGUGUGCGUUGAGUUUUUAAACUUAGCCGUCAUGUCUUAUGACCGAUAUCUGGCCAUCUGUUGUCCUCUACAGUAUAACACACGUAUGACCUUGAACAAGGUCGCCGUGCUCGUCGCUGUCACCUGGUUGUUUCCUGUUGUAGCGAUCGCUGUGUUGAUAUCUCUGAGCGUUCCUCUCCAGCUGUGUGGGAACGUCAUUAACAAAGUCUACUGUGGGAACUACUCCAUCGUUAAACUGGCCUGUUCUGACACCAGCGUUAAUAACAUCUACGGCCUCAUCUACACCGUCGUCUCCAUCAUCAUCCCUCUGCUGUUGAUCCUCUACACCUAUAUAAAGAUCCUGAUGGUGUGUUUCUCUGGCUGUAAGCAGACCAGACAGAAAGCUGUCAGUACCUGCACACCUCACCUGGCCUCUCUGCUCAACUUCUCCUUCGGAGGUUGUUUCCAGAUCUUACAGAGCCGGUUUGAUAUGAGCGGCGUUCCCAACAUGAUGAGGAUCUUUCUGUCGUUAUACUUCCUGAGCUGCCAGCCUCUCUUCACCCCGCUCCUCUACGGCCUCAACAUGUCCAGGAUACGCAGCGCAUGCAGACGGGUGUUGUGUGGAGAUGGGUAG